CUGGGUUUCGACGAGUACUGUCAAUCUGUCAGGGCGUGUCACGGCAAGUUGUCAUACAGUGUUUGUGUUUGCGUGUUUUCUGCCAAUUUUCCGCAUUUUCCUGAUUUUCCUUGCCAUACCUUCCAAAAUGCCCUCCCAAAGGAGCUUCCUGCUCAUCUGCGCGUCGAUUGUGCUGGUGGUGUGCGUGCAGCAAGGCCUCUCAAUAAAGUGCUGGGAAUGCAGAUCGGAUGAGGAUCCAAAGUGUGGCGAUCCGUUUGACAAUAGCACACUUGUAAUCACCGAUUGUACCCAAUCGCCACAAUUGGAACACCUGCCCGGAGUCAAAGCGACAAUGUGCAGGAAGAUCCGCCAGAAGGCCCACGGGAAGUGGAGGUACUUCAGGAGUUGCGCGUACAUGGGAGAGCCCGGAAUUGAGGGCGACGAGCGCUUCUGUCUGAUGCGAACGGGAACAUUCAACAUAUUCCUGGAGUACUGCACUUGUAACAGCAAGGAUGGCUGCAACACAGCCGCCUUACCCUCCUUCGCACCAUCAAAUGGCUUCCUGGCUGUCCUCGUGCCGCUGCUCGCCUGGAGAUUCGGGUAAAAGUCUUC